UUAAAAAAACAACAACAAAAUUCAGACAUUAUAAAGCAAGUGUAUGCUGUACCUAGAUAGCAUAAUCUGUGUUGCUUAUAAUUCAACAUUGCUUGUAGGUUUAUGGUGGUAUUUGGUUUCCUGUCUUGCCUUUGAGACUCUUUAACUGUUAGCAAUGGACCUAACUGAAAUUAAAAUUUGUGGCUUCCUCAGUUUAUUUUCCUUUCCUCUUAGAACAGAUCUGACUUUAUCCUCUGCUCCCCACCGCCACCCUUAGCAUUUCAAAAUGCAAUUUGAUUAGAUCUUGGGGUAAGGGUUUUCUUUAGAUAUUCACCUGUAGUGUAUUUGUGGAAACCGAAGUAGAAAAUUAGGUCCUACCUCUGAAACCUUUGGAAAACUUCGAAGUUGAAGGGUAUAUUUAUUUUUUGCAUGUUUUGGAGCAGAAUUAGGUAAUUAUUGUUUAAUAACCAUCCUAAAUAAUCAUGUCCUGCUUAUUUGUAGCUUCCUGCCUGACAUAAUUCACUUGAAGAAGUGCACAAUGUCAGAACGUGGAAUCAAGUGGGCUUGUGAAUAUUGUACGUAUGAAAACUGGCCAUCUGCGAUCAAGUGUACCAUGUGUCGUGCCCAAAGACCCAGUGGAACAAUUAUUACAGAAGAUCCCUUUAAAAGUGGUUCCAGUGAUGUCGGCAGAGACUGGGAUCCUUCCAGCACCGAAGGAGGAAGUAGUCCUUUGAUCUGUCCAGACUCCAGUGCACGACCAAGGGUGAAGUCUUCAUACAGCAUGGAGAACGCGAAUAAGUGGUCAUGCCACAUGUGCACGUACUUGAACUGGCCGAGAGCGAUCAGGUGUACGCAGUGCUUGUCACAGCGCAGGACCAGGAGUCCCACAGAAUCCCCUCAGUCCUCAGGAUCUGGCUCCAGACCGGUUGCUUUUUCUGUUGAUCCUUGUGAGGAAUACAAUGAUAGAAAUAAAUUGAACACAAGAACCCAGCAUUGGACUUGUUCUAUUUGCACGUAUGAAAACUGGGCGAAGGCUAAAAAAUGUGUCGUUUGUGAUCACCCCAGACCCAAUAACAUUGAAGCCAUAGAGCUGGCAGAGACUGAAGAGGCUUCUUCCAUAAUAAAUGAGCAGGACAGGGCACGGUGGAGGGGGAGCUGCAGUAGUGGCAACAGUCAGAGAAGAUCGCCUCCUGCUGCUAAACGGGACUCAGAAGUGAAGAUGGAUUUUCAGAGGAUUGAGUUGGCUGGUGCUGUCGGUAGCCAGGAGGAGCUUGAAGUGGACUUUAAGAAACUAAAGCAGAUUAAAAACAGGAUGAAAAAGACCGAUUGGCUCUUCCUCAAUGCUUGUGUGGGGGUCGUGGAAGGCGAUUUAGCUGCCAUAGAAGCAUACAAGUCGUCGGGAGGCGAUAUUGCACGCCAGCUCACUGCGGAUGAAGUGCGCUUGCUCAACCGUCCUUCUGCCUUUGACGUGGGCUACACCCUGGUCCACCUGGCCAUACGCUUCCAGAGGCAGGACAUGCUGGCCCUGCUGCUCACAGAGGUGUCUCAACAAGCAGCGAAGUGUAUUCCAGCAAUGGUGUGUCCUGAACUUACGGAACAAAUCCGCAGAGAAAUAGCAGCCUCUCUCCAUCAGAGAAAGGGAGAUUUGGCUUGCUAUUUUCUAACUGACCUUGUGACAUUUACAUUACCAGCAGAUAUUGAAGACCUGCCCCCAACAGUCCAAGAAAAAUUAUUUGAUGAGGUGCUUGAUAGGGAUGUUCAAAAAGAGUUAGAGGAAGAGUCUCCAAUUAUAAACUGGUCCCUGGAAUUGGCUACACGUUUGGAUAGUCGGCUGUAUGCACUUUGGAACCGCACUGCGGGUGACUGCUUACUGGACUCAGUCCUCCAGGCUACCUGGGGCAUCUAUGACAAGGACUCGGUGCUGCGGAAAGCCCUGCACGACAGCCUGCAUGACUGUUCACACUGGUUUUACACACGCUGGAAAGAUUGGGAAUCCUGGUAUUCUCAAAGCUUUGGUUUACAUUUUUCCUUGAGAGAAGAGCAGUGGCAAGAAGACUGGGCGUUUAUCCUCUCUCUUGCUAGCCAGCCCGGAGCAAGUUUGGAACAGACACACAUCUUUGUACUUGCACAUAUUCUUAGACGACCAAUUAUAGUUUAUGGAGUAAAAUAUUAUAAGAGUUUUCGAGGAGAAACUUUAGGUUAUACUCGGUUUCAAGGGGUGUACUUGCCUUUGCUGUGGGAACAGAGUUUUUGUUGGAAGAGUCCGAUUGCUCUGGGCUAUACGAGGGGCCACUUCUCUGCUCUGGUCGCCAUGGAGAAUGAUGGCUAUGGCGGCCGAGGUGCUGGUGCUAACCUGAACACCGACGACGAUGUCACCAUCACAUUCCUGCCUCUGGUCGACAGUGAAAGGAAGUUACUGCACGUACACUUUCUUUCUGCUCAGGAGCUAGGUAACGAGGAGCAGCAAGAGCGCCUGCUCCGUGAGUGGCUGGACUGCUGUGUGACUGAGGGGGGUGUGCUGGUGGCCAUGCAGAAGAGCUCGCGGCGGCGCUGCCACCCGCUGGUGACCCAGAUGAUGGAGAAGUGGCUGGACCGCUACCGGCAGAUCCGGCCCUGCACUUCCCUUUCUGAUGGAGAGGAAGAUGAAGAGGAUGAAGAUGAAUGAAAAGGACCCAGGCACCAGGUCUGCGCUGGCCCCAAAAUGAGUGUGGUACUCCAGCAGAAUGUGCGGCCCCACGUCCUGGUAGGACGUGCCCUGGAAGGCUCUUGUCUGCCCACACCCAGGGGGGUGCACCUGCUGCAUGAGGAGACGGGACUUUGGUUGAACUAGAGUUUGUAAAAAACUAAUUUUAUUAAGACAGAACUUUUUUCCUUUGAAAUUGUAAAUCUGUCUAUAAAUGUAACGCAUGUGGUUGUGUAAGACAGUGUGUACUAGGAGAAGCUGCAGCAGCAUCUUCUGUCCCCGAGCAGCCUCUCCCGCAUGGGCACUUCUACCGCACACGGCAGGAGACUGUUCCUCGCUUAGACCUCACACCAAGCCUCCGAGAUUGGGAAACUUUUGUACAAAUUACCCACAGCAGAACACAAAAAUAAACAAGCAUUUAUUUGAUUAAUAACUUAGUUCCUGUUGUACCCAUUCAAGUCAAAUAUUUAAGGAACAAACUUGAGCUAGUCAUUUUCAUUGCAUUGAGCGAGCCUCACACAACCAUCCCUCUGUCCUGAGUUUCUGUCGCUCUGCUCGUUCUGACAGCCCCUCUCAUUAGGUCAGUACCUGUGUGGGAGUUGCCCAGAGGGUGGGUUCUGCUGCAGACUGAGCAGGCCCACUUGUCCCUGGAUGGGUUCUGUGCGAGUCCACAGAACCCUGUGCAGGCCCUUGGGGGUCUUUCCUGUGCAUCCCCGCUUAGGCUCAUUGGGGACACCACAGUGCAGAAUAAAGAUCUGAAAAAUGCAAUGAGAUGGUACAUGCGUUGUAUGAUUAAUUUCUGUGAAGUUUGAUAAUUUUUGCAUGUUUGUUAAUUGUGGCCAUCCCUAUUUAAGGUUAAAACUAUAAUCUUGGGCAGAAAAAAAAUUAUGGAAAGCAGCAUUUUACCACUUCAGGUGUACAUCCAUUACUGGGUAAAAGUGUCAGAUCUCAGGAGCUCAACAUGUGGCUUCCUGAUAGAAGCACUUUGUAGAAUGUUUACGUGGCAAGGCAUUGCGGAAAACCCCAGUCCCUCCUCUCAAAUACGGAAGUAUAUGUAACCCCGGCCUGACAUGGGCAUACUGGAAACGCAGAAGCACCCAUCGCUGUCACUGCUUUAGUGCGGGCAGAAAAAAAACAAACACAAAACAGCCUGAUUGCACAGAAAUGUAUUUUGACAGAACAUGUUCAUGUCCCAAAUGGCCAUUUCCUUACAUAUGGCUUCUACUUGGUUUGCUUUCCUUUUGGUCAGUAAUAAAUUUCCUUAGAAGGUUAGUUUCAUGACUACUUGGCCUAACGUCUGUAGUAACCUUUCUCCAUUAGUGGGCAGAGAUUGCCAGCUAAGCAAAGUCG